ACAAACAUUCACCGGGGAAAACGUCAGUUAGCUUUUAGCUUGGUUAAUUAGGCUAGCAGCACAUUUAACAGCAUAUUAACAUACUUGAAAUGUCACUUCGGACCCUGCGGGUUUGUUCAUUGCUCUUCGAAAUGCUUGUUAACGACACACUGUCUGUUCAUGACUUGUAGUUAAAGCAGUUUGUUUACUGUGUUUCAGUUCGGUACAGUGUAAAACCAUGGGAUGAUUAGCCUAAGUGUGACUUUGAAUAGGUGACUACAGACACGGAGUCAUAUUCAUGGUCGUUCUCACCACCUGGUGAAUGUCGGAGGUCAGAUUCAGCUGAAGGUGUGUAAAAGGAUUCAUCAAGGACACUUUAGCUCACAUGGAUUCAAACUCUGAACUUCAUAAAGUUCCCCCAAGACAACCAACACCACAAUGAUGCAAAUCAGUUUAUUUGCCCCCAACGUUUUGGGGGGAUUUUUAGAAAUUAAAAAUAAACAGAUGCGAGCACUCUGUUAUUGAGGUUUGAGUAAUGAUAUAUCUCUGUUUACUCAGGCAACUGGAUUAAAUGUAAUUAGAGAUGUUAGAGCUGUUUUGCUACAAUGCUCAUAAUUAUUUCAAGAACUGAAAACAUUUUGGUAAAAUUAUUUUUCCUGCCUCCAAGGGGAACUCUGACAGGCCUGUUUUGCGGUAACACUAGAUUGAAGUGGAUGUGCUGCUUUAUGCAGGCUGACUUCAAACCAGUAGGCGUCGCUGCUUCUCUCUAAUAAACAGCUGGAUAUCAGAUUUGAGGAGAUGCAAUAGUCACUGAAAUCCUCUUGAAAUCCUUAAAAUGUUCCUGGAAGUGCUUAGUUACUGUUUAUAGAUUUAAAGAUGCAUAUUAAAUGCUAAACAAAGAGAAACUAUUCUUGCGAACUAAAAGUAAAGCUUUGGAUUUGUGACACGUUAUCUUAUAAUACUUGUGGUAUUUGCAUCCAUCCCCGCGUCCCACCUCUUGCUUCCAAUUAUCACAGGGGGCUGGACCGGUUACCAAAGGAAGACUUCUGAUUGGCUGACUUAGAUAUCAAUCACAGGCUCGUCCUGUAGGCUCCUGGUGGCGAAUGCAGUCCACACCAGAAGUCAGAAAGUCAAAUUUCACUAAGGGGACAGGACGGGAAGGGCAGAUUUAUCCGGUUUUCUGAGUGUUAUGAAAACGCUCCACAGAAAAGAAGUGUAAUUAGACUUUCUAAGAUUUUGAACAUUGCUAGUUAAUGUGGUUUUGAAGUUUAAAAAAGAGGGGUUAAUUGGACUUGAGGACUUGUUGGCUCCUUUCUCCGGCAUUUUUACGCGCUGUCUGCGCACACCUGAGUCCGCUGCUCAGUUUUUUUUGGCAGCGUCAACAUGACUUCAACGCACUUGAGCAACUAAACUAUCAUGGUGACAUUAUUUACCGGUGACACGCCUGCUGUGGUGAACCUUGGUAAAUGCGCUGCCUCUCACUAUGGAAUAACCGGCGCCCAGGUGUCUUUAGGGAGAGCUGAUGUGGCCGUUUGGAGGAGCGCACCAGUUUGAUGCCAGCUGGGAUUUGACAGAGCGCAGGAGUUUGGGAUGCAAGAGAAACCCUAGAGAGACAAUCCUCGGCUUCUUUUACCUGGAUUCAACACGGGCUGCCCAGAGCCAUGGCCUCUGAGGUGGUGUGCGGGCUGGUCUUCAGGUUACUGCUGCCAGUGUGUCUUGCAGCUGCUUGCCUGUUCAGGUACAAUGCCCUGUCCUUCGUCUACCUCAUCUACCUCCUGCUUAUUCCACUCUUCGCAGAGCCCACAAGCACAACGAUGCAGGGCCACACAGGGCGUCUGCUGCAGUCCCUCUGCUUCACCAGUAUGUCCUUCCUGCUGCUCCACAUCAUCUAUCAGAUUACCGUCAACAGCCUCCUGGCCGGGAACUCCAUCACCUCUGACUUCAACUGUUCCACAUGGGAGAAAUCCAUAAGACAAAUAGGUUUCGAGAGUGUGAUUGGUGCAGAUGCAGGGAACGGCAUCCGCGUGUUCAUCCCUGACAUCGGCAUGUUCGUGGCUGGCUUGGCCAUCUGGCUUCUGUGUCGCAGUCUGGUUCAGAAGAGGCCGCCUGAGGACAUGGCCCAGUACAACGCGGACUUUGAAGCAGAGGAACAAGAAGAGGAGGAGAAGCUGAGCCUGGAUGACAACAUCCUGCUAGAGGAGGACUCUGAAGCCGGGUACGAGGCCGAGGAAGACGAGGAGGACGAGGAGCUGGAGGAAGGGGAAGAAGAGGAAGGGGAGGAGGAGGAGGAGGAAGUGAAGGAGAGCACGAAGAUGAAGAUUCUGAGGAUUGUGGCGGAGGUGGCGUCCAAAGUGAAGGAGAUCAUCGGGAACUUGAUCACCACAGCGGGGAAGGUGGUGGUGACCAUCUUGUUGGGGAUGACAGGCAUCAUGCUGCCCUCGUUGACCUCGGCUGUCUACUUCUUCAUCUUCCUGUUCUUGUGCACCUGGUGGUCCCUCUGCCGGACCUUCGACACGCUCAUCUUCAGCUGCAUGUGCGUCCUGAUGGCCAUCUUUAGCGCUGGACACCUCAUUGUACUCUACCUCUACCAGUUCCAGUUCUUCCAGGAGUCCAUCCCACCAGGCGACAGCUACAUCAGUGUAUUUGGCAUCUCCCCGAUUGUUCAGAGUAACUGCUCCUACACAUGGAUGCUCAUUGUGCACCCGGAGCGUAAGUGGUACCACUUUGUCAAUCCCAUCAUGCUGCUGAUCCUCUACUACACGCUGGCCACGCUCAUCCGCCUCUGGCUGCAGGAACCCAUCGACCAGCUGACGGACAUCAAGGAUGACGAUAUGUGUGAAGAGGAGGAGCUGGUGGGAAACGGAACAAAUAACUCAGCCAACAGGAAGAGGCAGAUGUGGUGGGAAUCGCGCCAGGGCACAGAUGAGAAAAACGCUGUGCCCACCUCAAAUGGGACGUCCUUUGACUUCGUCUCUGACAAUGGACCAGGCUGCCUGGACUUGUACUCCACCCCCCAGUAUAGAAUAGACCAGCCCAGUGACGAUACAGAGAAGAAGGAAGAGUGUGUGUACGAAGUGUGUUUGCCUCCGGAGGAUCAGGCGUCGGAAGGAGGAGAGGAGAAGUCUGAGGGAGGAGAAGAUGGGAUGAAGAAAAGAGGAGUCGGUGCGAUGGUUAAGGUCUUCCACUUCAUCAUGAAACAGAGCUACAUCUGUGCUCUCAUAGCCAUGAUGGCCUGGAGCAUCACGUACGUCAGCUGGCUGACGUUUGUCUUCCUCAUGUGGUCUUGCAUGCUGUGGAUGGUGAGGGACCGGCGGCGUUACGCCAUGCUGUCGUCCCCCUUCAUGGUGGCCUACGGAAACCUGCUGAUCGUCCUGCAGUACAUUUAUAGUUUUGAGAACAUGGAGGAAGUCUCAGGAUUCUUUCUCAAGAAGGAAAACCCGUUCCACUCGCUUUCGUCCAAGGUUCUGUGUCUGCUGAGCUUCUGGCUACUGCUGAGACAGACGCUUACAGAGAGACGGGAAAAACAAAAGGAAGAGAGUGCUGGUCUCUCAGAUGUUCAUGUGGAGGAUCAGAAGAAGAAGAAGGAGGAAGAGGACUCUGAGGAGGCAGACGAGCAGGACAUCAUGCAGGUUCUCGGCGGCAUGGUGAUGGCGAUGCUGGUCAAAUACUGGAUCUACAUCUGUGGCGGCAUGUUCUUCUUCGUCAGCUUCGAGGGAACCAUCGUCAUGUACAAGAUCAUCUACAUGAUGAUGUUCCUCUCCUGCGUGGCGGUCUACCAGGUGCACUAUGAGUGGUGGCGAAGAAUCCUGAAGUACUUCUGGAUGUCUGUGGUGAUGUACACCAUGCUGGUCCUCACCCUGGUCUACACCUUCCAGUUUAAGAAGUCGUUGGCCAUCUGGUCCAGCAUGCUAGGCAUGAAGGAAGAAGGCUUAAAGGACCUGGGCCUGGAGCAGUUUACAGUCGCCAAGCUGUUCACCAGGAUUUUCAUUCCCACUUCCUUCCUGCUUGUGUGUAUUCUCCAUCUGCACUACUUCCACGACCGCUUUCUCCAGCUCACUGACCUCCAGGCUGUAGUGGCCAAAGAGCAGAGCACUAUCUACAGACUGGUGCACCCGGAUGGCAGCCUGGCAGACCUCACCAUGCUCAGCGCCAGCUCAGUGGACGCAGCGCUGCCCAGAGCAGCAGAGGCGGAGCGGCAGGAGGAGCAGGAGGAGCAGGGGGAAUGGGGGACGGAGAAGGAGAAGGAGAAGGAGCAGGUUCUGGUGGUGGUGAUGGAUGACACCGACAUAACUGGCGUGAAGCCCAGGACCUUCUCCGACCCGCGGCAGUCCAGCGUAGACGAGAGCCACCGCUGCAGUGUGGGGACCGAGCCAGAACCGAGCACCGAGCAGAGCUCAGAUCUGAAGAAUAAAUGGCACCUAGUGGUCGACCGUCUGACUGUGCUCCUCCUCAAGUUCCUGGAGUAUUUCCACAAACUGCAGCUGUUCAUCUGGUGGUUGCUGGAGAUCCACAUCAUCAAGAUUGUUUCCUGCUACAUCGUCCUGGUUUCUGUCAAAGAGGUGUCUUUGUUCAACUAUGUGUUCCUGGCAUCCUGGGCCUUCGCUCUACCCUAUAGCCAGUAUCGGCCCCUUGCCUCCAGUGUUUGCUCUGUCUGGACGUGUGUCAUCAUCGUGUGUAAAAUGUUGUACCAGCUGAAGAUCAUAAACCCACCGUCCUACUCCAAGAACUGCACUAUGCCAGAGAGCUACGGAGAGGACCAGAGGUUGGAGAUGCAGGACUCUCUGCUGUAUAGGUCACCCGUGGAUCCAGCCAACUGGGUUGGCCUGAGGAAGUCCGACGACCUGCUUGGCUACCUCAGAAACAACCUAGUGAUGUUGGCUCUGUUAGCAUUUGAGGUGACCAUCUACCGCCAUCAGGAAUACUACAGACUGAGGAACAAAUUGGCGCCUCCCGCCGCCAGGAUUAUCUUCCAUGACAUCACACGGCAGCACCUGGACAUCGGCAUCAUCAGCUUCAUCAAAUACUUUAUCAACUACUUCUUUUACAAGUUUGGACUUGAGACGUGCCUGCUGUUGGGGGUCAAUGUAAUCGGGCAGCGUAUGGACUUCUAUGCAAUGCUUCAUGCCUUUGCUUUGAUAGCAGUCAUGUAUAGACGAAGGAGGAAAGCCAUCGCUGAGAUCUGGCCAAAGUACUGCUUCUUCCUGGCCUGCAUGCUGACCUUCCAGUACUUCAUCUGCAUCGGGAUCCCGCCUGCAGCUUGUAAAGACUAUCCCUGGAGGUUUCCAAACUCUACAACAGAGUCCAAUGUCGUCAAAUGGCUCUAUAUUCCAGAUUUCCGCACCAGACCCAAUCCAUCAUUCCUCAUCUAUGACUUCAUGUUGCUGCUGUGCGCCUCUCUCCAGAGGCAGGUCUUUGAUGAUGAGAACAAGGCGGCAGUCCGCCUCAUGGCUGGAGACAAUGUGGAGAUCUGCAGAGACCUUGACGCAGCCUCCUUCAGUGUCCACAACCCUGUCCCUGACUUCCUCCACUGCAGGUCCUACCUGGACAUGCUGAAGGUCAUCAUGUUCAGCUACCUGUUCUGGUUUGUCCUCACCAUCAUCUUCAUCACGGGAACCACACGAAUCAGCAUCUUCUGCAUGGGUUAUUUGGUGGCUUGCUUCUACUUCCUGCUCUUUGGCGGCGAGCUGUUGCUCAAACCGAUCAAAAAGAUCCUCCACUACUGGGACUUCCUGAUAGCCUACAACAUCUUUGUAAUCACUAUGAAGAACAUUUUGUCUAUUCUGGCUUGUGGCUACAUCAACUCUCUGAUUGAGAACCAGUGCUGGUUAAUCCAGUUGUUCAGUCUGGCCUGCACCAUCAAGGAAUACAACAUCAACACCAGCCAGGAACACCUGACUGCUGAUAAGCGCUGUGAGCUGCCCAGCAACGAGGCGGGGAUCAUCUGGGACAGUAUCUGCUUCGCCUUCCUGCUGCUGCAGAGACGAGUCUUCAUGAGCUACUACUUCCUCCACGUGGUGGCAGAUAUCAGAGCAUCACAGAUCCUUGCAUCCAGAGGGGCGGAGCUUUUCCAGGCCACUAUAGUGAAGGCUGUGAGGGCCAGACUGGAGGAGGAGAGCAAAUCUGUGGAGCAGCUGAAGAGACAGAUGGAGCGCAUUAAGGUGAGGCAGCAAAAGUUUAAGAGGGGCAAGGAGAAGAUGAUAAGCAUGGUGCAGGAGUCCGGAGAAGGACAGACCCUCGUCCAGCCCGAGGAAGAUGAUGAUGGAGCACAACGAAAGAAAGCCAAGACCAAAAAAAAGCAGUGGUGGAGGCCGUGGGUUGACCAUGCUUCCAUGGUUAGAAGUGGAGAAUAUUACUUGUUUGAAACUGACAGUGAGGAAGAAGAGGAGGAGGAGGAGAAAAAAGACGAGGAACUGCCAAAGAAGUCGGCAUUUCAGCGAGCUAUUGGAAAGUUUGUCUCUGCUGUUCUGGCUUUGCCUAAGUCUAUCAUAAAGCUGCCUAAAACUAUACUGCAGUAUGUAGUCAAGGCAGGCAAGUUUCUGUACCAUGCCUGGAUCACAGACCCCAAAGCUGCCCUGAGGGCACGAGGCAAAGAGAAACGCAAAUUUUGGAAGAAAUAUACAAAGGGGGUUAGACACAGGAAAAGCAAGAAAGAGGGUCAUGUAACCAUAGAGGUCGGUGAGCUGUCAGAUGGGCAAGAAAAAGAUGAAGAGAACAAGAAGUCUAGUGGUCAAGAUAACAUCAUCAAGAGAGUGUUCAACAUCAUAAAGUUCACCUGGGUCCUCUUGCAGACGACUGUGGAGAGCUUCACCAAGUGGAUGAAUGACAUGUGCAGGGAAUACAUCGACAUCUCCACUGUGCUGCGUAUAGAGCGCUGCAUGCUGACCAGGGAGGUUAAAAAGGGCAAUGUGCCGUCCAGAGAGAGCAUCCACGUCUACUAUCAGAAGGCCAUGAGGCUCAACAUGUCCAGGCAGGCCAGUAUGGAUCAGCUCAGCGAGGACGAGUCUGCCUCGGGCUCCAGCAGGUUCCGAAGAAGGCGAAGAGGCUACCACAUGGAGAGCCAGGACUCCACAGCGUCCAGAGAUAGCAUGUCUAGUAACUUCACUGAGGCCACCACGCUGUUUUCUCGUCAAUCCACCCUGGAAGACCUCGACGGAAUGUCCGAGAACAUUCCCAAAACCAGCGAGCGAGCCAGGCCCAAACUGCGUAAGAUGUACGGCGUUGAUGUGUCCACUUCAUCAAUGGACAGCGGCAGCAGCAUCGUGUCCAGCGAAGCCACCCAGUGUAUCACGCUCUACUCCAGACAGGGCACCACAGACACCAUAGAAGAAGUGGAAGAUGAGCAGGAUCAAGGGGAGGACAGGCAGCAGGUUCCCUGGGAAUCCCAACAGCUGGAUGAGAGUCAGGGGGCGGAGGGCGGUCCCUGGAGUGAUGGAGAACCGAGGGAGACAGAAGAGGAGGAGAAGGAGGAGGAGGAGGGUGAGAGGCAGGAGAGGGAGGAGAGGCUGGAAGGUGAGGAAGGACUUGAGGUGCCACAGGACCAGGAGACAGAGGAGAGAGAAGAGGCUCACUGGGAGUCCUUUGGCCCAGAUGAGGGUCCAUCCCUCAGGCUGGAGGAACCAGAAUCUGCCCAGGAGAAGGACUUUGUCACUGAGAGUGAGGACGGAGGAGGACAGCAGGACUUCAUGCAGACCGAAGGGCGAGCAGGACUGCUCUACACCCCCGAUACAGACGCAUCCAAAACAUCAGACGCCGACGUGCCUCCCAGCUACAGCAAGGCGGUCAGCUUUGACCGUCUGGAAAUUAGCGAUGACGAGAGCGACAUUGAUAGGAAGAGGCGUAUGAUUAUGACCUCUGAUAGUCGCUCAGACAGCAGGUCCGACAUCGUGUUGCCCUCUAUGACCACUGAGCUGACCGCCAGCGAACUGCUGCUCAACAAGAUGUUUUAUGACGAGGAGCUGGAGCACUCAGACCAAUUCUACGAAAGUCAGCCUCUGAUCCUCCAGCUCUGCUACGCCCUCUACAACAUGCUGGUGGCCCACUCGGAGAUGGUGUGCUACCUGGUCAUCAUCAUCAACCACAUGGUGUCGGCCUCCUGUGUCACACUGGUUCUUCCCAUCACCAUCUUCCUCUGGGCGAUGCUGUCCGUGCCCCGGCCAAGCAAACGCUACUGGAUGACCGCCAUCGUCUUUACUGAGGUCACCAUCGUCAUCAAAUACUUCUUCCAGUUUGGUUUCUUCCCUUUCAACCAGAACAAGAUAGAUAAGAAUAAACCGUAUCACCCUCCAAACAUCAUUGGUGUAGAGAAGAAGGAUGGUUACGUCCACUACGACCUGGUCCAGUUACUGGCUCUCUUCUUCCACAGAUCCAUCCUGAAGUGUCAUGGUCUGUGGGACGAGGACAACCCCAAAGAAAAGAAAGAGCCACCUCGUCAGAGUGUGUCCGAGGACGAAGUAAAAGACAAGGAGGAGAGUGAGAAGGAGUCUGAACCUGCCUCCUCACUGAUCAAUGAGAGGAGAGGCUCCACUCAUACUUUGAAAUCUAUAAACUUUGGGACCUCCAUAGAUUCAGAGCAUGUCCAGGUGCAUUUCCCCCAACAGCAGACCUACCAGCGUCGCAAGAGCUCCAGCGGAGGCUCGCACGUUUCUCACCGAUCUCUGCACUCCUCUGGACGAUCGAAGAGAGGAAGUACCGCUUCCCGCAACAGCAGCCGCAAAGAUGGCAGUGAGGCCGGCGUCCAUCAGAAGACGCGCAAACAGAUGAUCAUGGAGAAGCUGAGAGAGCAGCUCUACAAAGGAAAAGCUUUCAUCAUAAAGCGGUUCAUGGAGAUCUACCUGCCCAUGCGGCAGUUCUUCUAUAACUUGAUCCAUCCGGAGUACAGCGCAGUGACAGACGUCUAUGUGCUGAUGUUCCUCGCUGACACCGUCGACUUCAUCAUCAUCGUGUUUGGAUUCUGGGCGUUUGGUAAACACUCAGCGGCAGACAUCACUUCCUCUCUAUCGGAGGAUCAGGUGCCGGGACCCUUUCUGGUUAUGGUCCUGAUCCAGUUUGGGACCAUGGUGGUGGACCGGGCCCUCUACCUCAGAAAGUCUGUUAUGGGCAAGGUCAUCUUUCAGGUCAUCCUGGUUUUCGGCAUCCACUUCUGGAUGUUCUUUAUCCUGCCAGGAGUCACAGAGAAGCGUUUCAGCGAGAACACAGUCGCUCAGAUGUGGUAUUUUGUCAAGUGCAUCUACUUCGGACUGUCGGCCUAUCAGAUCCGCUGCGGUUAUCCCACCCGUGUGCUGGGAAACUUCCUCACCAAGAGCUACAAUUAUGUCAACCUCUUCCUGUUUCAAGGUUUCCGCCUGGUGCCGUUCCUGACGGAGCUGCGAGCUGUGAUGGACUGGGUUUGGACCGACACCUCGCUGUCUCUGUCCAGCUGGAUCUGUGUGGAGGACAUCUACGCUCACAUCUUCAUCCUCAAAUGCUGGAGAGAGUCUGAGAAGAGGUAUCCCCAGCCGCGAGGCCAGAAGAAGAAGAAAGUAGUGAAGUACGGGAUGGGAGGGAUGAUUGUGGUACUGUUGAUCUGUAUCGUCUGGUUCCCGCUGCUCUUCAUGUCCCUCGUAAAGUCUGUAGCCGGAGUCGUGAACCCUCCGCUGGAUGUCUCCUUCGAAAUCACUCUGGCUGGCUUUCAGCCCAUCUUUACGAUGAGCGCUCAGCAAAAACAACUGAAGAAUGUGACAGCAAGCGAAUUCACAAAAUUUAUCAAAAAUUUUGCUGAUGAUGAAGCCUUGCAGUGGCUGGAGGGCUACUUGGCAGAGGACCUGAUCAUCGCUGAGCUGAAAGGCAGCUCCAACUCUCUGUGGACCAUCAGUCCACCCAGCAGAACCAACCUGAUAGAAAUGUUGGGCUCAGAGGAGGAGUUCCCCAUCACAGUGUCCUGGUCUGUGCAAAGAAACGUCAGUCGCGGUGCCAAGGCUGAAACAGCGUCUGGAAAACGAGUGACAUCUCUUGACCAAAAAACGAAGCAGGAGCUCAUACAGCUCCUAAACGGGACGGGAAGUGACUCGCAAGUAAUCCUAAAGGAGAUCUUUCCUCGUUAUAUUCGAGCCCCCAGUGACUCAGAUGCCAAACCCGUCGAGCAUCUUUAUAAAGAUGAAAAGAUGUUCAACAUAAGUUUGACCUUGAAGCGAACUCAGAAUGACUCCGGUCAGAUCCAGGAAUGGUGGAUUGUCAACCAGACACAGCUGGGCCUGAUAGAGAAGAGGAGUCAAAAAUACAAGUAUGAAGCAGGCCUGGAGGUCUACGUGUUCAGUGACCAAGUCAGCCCGCCCAGUUUGGGCUUUCUGGCUGGAUACGGGAUCAUGGGCUUGUACGCCUCGGUGGUUCUGGUCAUCGGCAAGUUUGUGCGCGAGUUCUUCAGCGGCAUUUCCCACACGAUCAUGUUCGAGGAGCUGCCCAACGUGGACCGCAUCCUGAAGCUGUGCACAGACAUCUUCCUGGUGCGAGAGACGGGAGAGCUGGACCUGGAGGAAGACAUGUACGCCAAACUCAUCUUCCUCUACCGGUCGCCAGAGACUAUGAUCAAGUGGACCCGGGAGAAAACUCAGUGAUACUCAAAAGAUGGAGAGUUAGAGCUUUUCGGACAGGAGCAGCUCAUUCAGAGACACUGGGGUGUCGCUCUGUUGAUGUGAGCAGCUAUUAACAUCCCCUCUGCCUGCUGAGGGAGCACAAAGCAGCACUCUUUCCUCUUUGAGCUCUGAUGGGCAGCGAUACAGUGUUAGCUCCACACUUUUCUGAGUUAUAAACUGGUAUUUUUUACUCUUCAGUGAUUAAAAAAAACAACAACAAUGACAGUUAUAUUAUUAACAUUUGAGCACAAAUUUGCUGGUGCUGUAUUUAUCUUGCGAAACCUGGCUCCAUUUGGCCUCCAGUGGAUAAAAUGGUUAGCGAUGGGAGACGGAGCCAUCUUUUAGGACAAUUUUAAUAAAAUGUGUCAACCGGUUUAAAAAGUUCCCAACCAAAUAUAAGAAUAGAUUUUUAAAAACUCUGCUAAGUUCCUCUGCUCCCAACUGCUCUUCGCUCCUCUGUAUUGCUUUUUCUUUUCUUUUUUCUUUUUUUUUUUUUUUACAAACGCACAGUAGGCGGAGAGAAGCUCAAACAGGCUGCAACAUUGAUCUAUAAGGGCUUCCCACACGCAGAUAUAAACCACAUGAGCACAAUCUCAUAUUUUUCUCCAACUGGAACGCUUGGAUUGUGGGACUGUGCAAUAUUGAGCUCUUGUUCCUCCAAGUUUUUGAAGGAUGUGGAUGGAAAAGGCCGGUUCUGACAAAGACACAUGAACAUAGAGACCAUCUUCUUCUUCUUUUUCUUCUUUUUUUUAAACGUCAGAGGCCACAUGGGAGCCACUCCAGAGAUAAAAUGAAGAAAACAUUAUCAGACAAUAUUUACUUGCCUUAUUUUGUUUGUAUGAGAAAAAUUGAAACCCUUAACAACUACAUAUCUUUCUCAGGAAGAGCUGUUUUCACAGAUAUUCAUUGUAUGAGUUAUAUGUUACAAUAUGUAGGCUUUGAUGGAUCUAAAAGAGUAUGAGACUGUAGAAAGAACUAUUUAAGUGGCAUGAAAUGUAAUGUGGAUAUUGUUCAGAAAUCUGGUGAGAUGGACUGUAUACCUAGUAUGUUUACUGCAUAGGGAAGACUGAAUUAAGAGAGUAUAUACAUAUAUAUAUAUGUAUAUGUAUGCUGUGGAUUGUUUUCCUCACAGAGAAUGAGAUUAAUUGCCAAUCAUCCACGUUCUGAAUCAUCUACAGGUUGGCUUGAGUCAAGACCAGCAGAGGGCUGUUUCUGAAUCAGGGUAAUGUGCAUUAAGUGGUAGACUCUUCAGUGCACUUGUGAACCUCUCGCUGUUUUUAACAUUCAUACUCUGAACUCUGUAUUGUGUCACCCACAGUCGUGCGUUCAGUCGUCAAGGAAGGAAUAAGAAAAACACUCAGAAAAGAUUCCUCACACAAAGGGCUGAAACAUGAAGCUCUUUGGUCCAAACUAUGCAUUAGAGGACAUUGUAGCAUGAAAGAAAAACUUCAUUAUUGCCAUGAAUAAUUUUCAUUACAUGUACAUAUAAGUUUAAGGGGGACAUGGCGCGGUGGAAUGAAAUGUGAAAUUGUACCCGUAUGUUAAGGCAAUGUGGUAUGAUAGAGGUCCAGAGAUGUGCAAAUAAAACAAAUGGAAAGGUG